CAGCCAUCCUCCAGUAUGGAGGGCCUUCGUCAGCUGAAGAAGACUCUGGUCACCUGGGUUUCCUUUCAGCACAAACCUGCUGUUAAUGGUCUGCUUUUGGUUGUUCCUCCAGGUUUGGUGAGCUGUACCUUCUUUCUAACAGUGAAUGGGUUGUAUUCCUCUAGUGAUGAUGUCAUCGAGUUAACUCCAUCAAAUUUCAACCAAGAAGUUAUUCAGAGUAAUAGCUUGUGGCUUGUAGAAUUCUUUGCUCCAUGGUGUGGCCACUGCCAAAGGUUAACACCAGAAUGGAAGAAAGUAGCAACUGCAUUAAAAGAUGUUGUAAAAGUGGGUGCAGUUGACGCAGAUAAACAUCAGUCCCUUGGAGGACAGUAUGGGGUGCAGGGAUUCCCUACCAUCAAGAUUUUUGGAUCUAACAAAAACAGGCCAGAAGAUUAUCAGGGUGGCAGGACUGCUGAUGCCAUCGUGGAUUCCGCCCUCAGUGCCCUGCGCCAGCUCGUCAAGGAUCGCCUUGGGGGCAGGGGAUAUAGUUCUGGAAAACAAGGUAGAAGCGAAAGUACAAGUAAGAAAGACGUGAUUGAGCUGACAGACGACAGCUUUGAUAAGAAUGUUCUUGACAGUGAAGACGUUUGGAUGGUUGAGUUUUAUGCUCCUUGGUGUGGACACUGCAAAAACCUAGAGCCAGAAUGGGCCGCUGCAGCUACCGAGGUAAAAGAGCAGACGAAAGGAAAGGUGAAACUAGCGGCUGUGGACGCCACGGUCAAUCAGAUGCUAGCCAGCCGAUACGGGAUUCGGGGAUUUCCUACAAUCAAGAUCUUUCAGAAAGGCGAGUCUCCUGUGGAUUAUGACGGGGGCCGGACAAGAUCUGAAAUUGUCUCCCGGGCCCUCGAUUUGUUUUCUGAUAACGCUCCACCUCCUGAGCUACUUGAGAUCAUUAGUGAGGACAUCGCCAAGAAGACGUGCGAGGAACAUCAGCUCUGUGUCGUGGCCGUCCUGCCCCACAUUCUUGACACUGGAGCUGCAGGCAGAAAUUCUUAUUUGGAAGUUCUUCUGAAGUUGGCAGACAAAUACAAAAAGAAAAUGUGGGGGUGGCUGUGGACAGAAGCUGGAGCACAGUCCGAACUCGAGAAUGCUUUGGGGAUUGGAGGAUUUGGGUACCCCGCCAUGGCAGCCAUUAACGCACGCAAGAUGAAGUUUGCUCUUCUAAAAGGAUCUUUCAGUGAGCAAGGCAUUAACGAGUUUCUCAGGGAGCUAUCUUUUGGGCGAGGAUCUACAGCACCUGUCGGAGGUGGAGUUUUCCCCUCCAUCAGCACCAGAGAGCCUUGGGACGGCCAGGAUGGUGAGCUUCCUGUGGAAGAUGACAUUGACCUCAGCGACGUGGAGCUGGAUGACUUGGAGAGAGAUGAGCUGUGAGAGGCUCAGCACAGACUUCAGUUUUCUUUUCUUGGGAGCAGACUUUUCCAGCAGUGAAGGAGCAUUCUUUACUCAGAUGAGUCUACCAGUGGCCUUUUUCACCAAGAAGUAGCACGUGAUUGGUCAUCUGAAAACACUGCAACAGGGAACUUUUGCAUCUCAAGAAAACAAUGAAAAAUUCUAUGAAUUGUAGCCAGUGGAUUGGGUGGUAUCUGUCAAGUAACAUUUUGAAGAAAACUGCUGGGCUGCUGAAAUACUUUUUUUCCCCUCCCUCUGACUGCUGCUUGGGUGUCCUUGGAGGCUGUUUCUUAUAUAAGUUUUUUAAUGUGAUCCUUUCAUUUGAAUAUAAAUGGCUUUUUCCAUUAAAGAAUAAAACAAUAUUUUGGACAAUGCCAACAAAUGUAUGAUAUUAGUGUCCACAUCAUAAAUUGAGAGUCUGAUGUUUAGCCAGAAAAUAUGAUGAUGAAGGUCUGGCCCUGAUGUCUUUCCUUUCUAAGAACCUGUGAUGGAAAUGACACCAUGUGGAUGCCUGCCACAGCACAGAUGUACGCAUGUCCUGCGAGGCCAAGGUCCACCUGUGGAUGUGGAACGGGAAGCAAGUUUGUGUAGAAGGGGGAAAAGCCGGUCGGUUGAGAACUGCUGCUUAUGCCCAGCACAUCUGGGCCAUCACCGGGGAGCAUAGCUGGUUUUACAGCUAGCUUACGGUUUUCAGUGCUCCUCUAAGUCCUCAAAUGUCCAUUAAGCAAGAAAUACAGCCGCAGGUCACCCACUGAUAGGCCGUCCCCGUUUAUGUAAAACAUUCGGGAGAUUGGAAGUUCUGAAUUACAUUAGCAUAUAAGUGAAGAGCCAACUGAAAGGACCGAGCAUUUCUUUAUUGUAACUUACAAAAAAUAAAUACAACUGUGACUAA